UCUCUCAUUCAUACUCUACACAGCGAAAAACCCUUUUCAUUUUCGAAAGGAUAUUUUGGUUGGAGAUCUUUGUUAUAUACUCUACUGUUGGUUGUUCCUUCUUUGUUUCUGGCUGGUACUCAAAUUAUCAAUCAGAGGAAAAAGUGUCCAUUUUAGUGAGAUCAGACAAGAGAGAGAACAAAAAAAUGGGUGUUCUGGAUCAUGUUUCUGAUCUGUUUGACUGUUCUCAUGGCCGUUCCAAGCUCAAGAAGAAACGUAGGCAGUUGCAGACGGUGGAGAUGAAGGUGAAGAUGGACUGCGAAGGAUGCGAGCGCAAAGUGAAGAAAUCAGUGGAAGGGAUGAAAGGCGUGACGCAUGUGGACGUGGACCGCAAGGCCAGCAAGCUGACGGUGGUCGGAUACGUGGAGCCAUCGAAGGUGGUGGCACGCGUGGGACACCGGACGGGCAAGAAGGUGGAGCUGUGGCCGUACGUUCCGUACGACGUGGUGGCUCACCCUUACGCCCAAGGGGUUUACGACAAGAGGGCGCCGGCGGGGUUCGUUCGCAACGCACAGGACUCGCAGGGGAUGUAUCUGGCACGUGCAAGCUCCACUGAAGUUAGAUACACCACAGCUUUUAGCGACGAAAACCCUGCUGCUUGUUCUGUUAUGUGAUUUGAUUAAGACGAAAGACAGAGAGAA